AUGAGCUUCAACCACACCAUCCACCAAACCAACUCCUUCUUCUCGUGCCCUCCCACCACUACUACUCCACCACCAUGCUUUGCCAAGAGACGCUGCAGUGAUUCCAUGCUGGAAGAUGACAGUUCGAUGAACUCGCAAGAAGAAGUUUCAGGUCCCAACAAACGAAUCAAGUCUUCUCAUCAAGUCACUGGAUUCUACGGGCAGCAGCAAUCAUCAUUUCAAACACCUCCUCCACCACGACAACAACAACAACAACAGGCACAAGUACAAUACCGAGAACCCAUCCAAUUCGUCUCUUCAGCAGAUUCUGCCUUUUUCACUUAUGGUACUGGCGGACAAUCGACGUUUCAGCGACAACCAUGA